AUUCGCAAACAAGUCCCUGCCAUCAUUUUUGAAGCUUCAUUCAUUCAAUUUCAAGUGUUUUAAAAUGGUGAUUGUAAACUUAUGGUUUAUUCCUCGCUCAAGAUCGACUGCUCUUCUACGCUGUCUCUCAAACAUACCUGGGAGUAAAGUUUUCUUCGAGAAGUUGACAUUCUGCGACUUUGUCAACAACUUCCCUCAUAUUUUUGAGGAAGGAAAGGUUUCAGAUGAUCAACCGUUGGAAACGUAUGAAGACGUCUUAAAAGCGGUUCUUAACAAUUCUAGUCCCAUUAAAAUUGUAAAGGACAUCGCAGGAACCCUCAAAACAGACGAUUACCCAAAACUGAUGACUAAAGAAUCAGUCAACAUUUUCGCAUUUCGUCAUCCAGCCCUGGUCGAAACUUCAGUCAUAACUGGACACGCCAUACCGUAUUUCGAGGUGAACAAGAGGGCAGGUUUCCCGGUGAAGAUGAACGAAGCCUACGAAAGCAUGCUCGAAAUGAUCAAAUACGUGAAGCAAAACUGCGAUCAUGAACCAGUUGUGCUGCCAGGUGAAAUACUGUGCUCUAAGGAGAAGACCAUCGAAGCUGUCAAGAAAAUUUUCAGCUUAAUUGGAAUCGACUUCGAUAAAAAAUAUCUGACUUGGGAGUCCCUGGACUUGCUAGAUCCGACAUGGGAUUCGUUCUCAUUGGCUCGAGAGUCGCAAAACUCUCUCGGCUUCUUUGAGCGAGCCAACAAAUCGACCCAAUUUGAAGAUUCAGUGGAACGUGACGUCGACAUUGAGACGUUGUCAAAAGUGAAACCAGAAAUAGCGGAGAGUGUGAAAAAACUAACGCCAACAUAUCAAUCUAUAAUGGGAACAGUCAGCAAAAACUAAGCCGUCGUUUAAUUUAAUGUUUGCUGCUCUAUUUUACGGCUUUUCUUACUAUCCAAAUAAUAUUCAAAAAUUAAGAAGUUUGAAG